AUGGACCAGAAGAACCCAGAGCUUCUCCAUAUGGAGCAUCAUCAGCAUCAAGUGGAAGAUGAUGAUCUUGCAACCAGCAGCUCAGCUUAUCUGAUGAAUGCAGCAACUGGUGGAGAGGACUGUGGAGGAGCAGAAACUACCAGGAACCCAUAUCUAAAUACAAAUGGAGAUGAUUCCUUUACAUCAGAGACUGAAGUCAGUGAGGAUGAUGAUGAAGAUGUGAAUGAUCCUGAUUUUCAGACUAAAAACUCAUCAGACUCUGGACCAGAACCUGAAGACCAUGACAAAGACUGGAAGGAGAGCCUGGCUCCUGAGUCAGGUGUAAACACUGUCAACAAAUCUUACAGCUUCUCUGAGUGUGAGAAACAAUUUCUCCACAAGGAGUCUGUCCAGAGAAACAAGACAGGUCAUUCAAGAAUCAAGUCCUCAAGUUGUUUGAGUAGUAAGAAAUGUUUUAGAGGGAAGAAAACUGGAAGCUUGAACAAAAAAAUCCAGUCAAGACAAGAAUCUUUUAUUUGUGACGACUGUGGAAAAAGAUUUAACAGAAAACAUCAUUUAAAAACACACAUGAGAACCCACACAGGAGAUAAACCAUUUGCUUGUGAAGUUUGUGGACAAAGGUUUGGACUAAAGUCAACUUUAAACAGGCACAUGAUAAUCCACACAAGACAGAAACCGUUUGUUUGUGAUGUUUGUGGUCAAAAGUUUAAUGAAAAGUCAAAUUUAAACAAACACAAGAGAAUCCACACAGGACAUAAACCAUUUGCCUGUGAUCUUUGUGGACACAAGUUUAGCGCAAAGUCAAAUUUAAACAGACACAUGAUGAUCCACACAGGACAGAAACCAUUUUUUUGUGAUGUUUGUGGUCAAAAGUUUAAAGAAAAAGCAAAGUCAAAGUUAAAUGAACACAUGAGAAUCCACACAGGCCAGAAACCAUUUGCUUGUGAUGUUUGUGGACAAAAGUUUGGACUAAAGUCAACUUUAAACAAACAUAUGAUAGUCCACACAGGACAGAAACCAUUUGUCUGUGAUGUUUGUGGACAAAGGUUUGGACUAAAGUCAACUUUAAACAAACACCUGAAAAUCCACACAGGACAGAAACCAUAUGCUUGUGGUGUUUGUGGACAAAGGUUUGGAGUAAAGUCAACUUUAAACAGACACAUGAGAAUCCACACCGAACACAAACCAUUUGCUUGUGACGUUUGUGGACAAAAGUUUAGACAGAAGUCAAAUUUAAACAAACACAUGAGAAUCCACACAGAACAGAAACCAUUUGCUUGUGAUUUUUGUGGACAAACGUUCAGACGAGCGUCACAUUUAAAAGUACACAGGAAAACCCACACAGGAAGAAAAACCUUUAGCUGUAAAUAUUCUGACAGCUCCUAA